CAACAAAAGGCGCCUGCAUCCUCUUGUUCCCGCCGUCUGCACGCUGUCAGAGAAACCCCUCCCGAAACCCCCGAAAAUGGCAGCCUCUCACGCGCCGGCCUCCGUCGCCGCCGCCACGGAUGGUGUCAUCGAGGAAAACGUGAUGGCAAUCCUCGACUCCUCCGGCAUCAAGGACUCCCGCGACCUCCACGACGACCGAGCCGCCUUCUUGGAGGCCGUGCGCUCCACCUGCCUCGCCUCCGACAACCCAUCGGUCCCAUCGUGAUGAUCUUGCGUUCAGCGUGAUCUCCCUAUCCGGAGUCCCUUGGUACACUUAAUUUCCCCAAAAAUUGUCAGAGUUCCUUAUCUGUUGCGGAUUUUGGAUGGACAGAGUAGUCUCUUGGGCUGACGAGGAUACUCUGGUUGUUCCUGUUCGACAAAUUUCGUCGAUUGUGAUGAGAGCUUGAGAAUGUUCUUCUGUGUUUGUUUUCUUAAACUGGAUGUUAACUUCUGCUUCAAUUUUUCCUGUGUUCUGUACGUGCUCUUUAUGCGGAGUUGGAGCAUUUCCUACAUUAUGUGCUUUUAUUCACUUCAAGUUGUCUUUACUGAAUUCUUGUUUGUUUGUGAAACUGUUGUAUUAUUGUGACCAUAAGUUAUUUUGGUCAGUUAUAUGGUGCCAUGGUGUGCUUUCACGUGAUUUUUGUCCUUCUGCCAGGAGAAUGUAUGAUGGUGUUUUCCAGAUACUUCAAAACAGUAGCUCUCUUGAGCUUGCUGUGGCAAGUUUCCAUCUCUUAACAGAAUUGGGCAAGCAAUAUCCAAGAACAUAUGUGGCAGAUUCUGGUGGACACCAAUCUUUGGUGGUAGUUAAAGAGUCCUGGGUACCUUUUCUCUUUGGCAAUGGUGCUGUUAGUAGUGAGAUUGGGGGAAACGUGAGGAGCUCAGAUCACCUAUUUGAUCCUUCAAGAUUCUCGUUGCUGAUUGAGGCUAUUGUGGAACCGACAAAUGGCACGGAUGAUAAUAAUGGAAUUAAGGCUAUCGAGAAUAUGAUGCUGUUUCAGUAUCUUGUCAACACACUUGAAGCAGAUUUUGUGCCUCGCCAAAUUGCAACCAAAGAGUCACUAGACUGGGUGAUUUUCAGAGAGUCUCUCUUAAGUAUGCUUCUGGGAUCACGAAAGCUCGUGUUCAAAUCUUUUGUGAAGAACUGCAUGUGUAUUCUACUCAACCAGUAUUACCAUGAAGCUAAAGAUGAUUAUGAAGACAUCAUACCUUCUGAAAGAGAAACUGAAUCAACAUCUUAUCACAAUUUCUCCCUAAACUAUUUGUCCUUUGAGUUAAAAAAGACACUCAUUUCUCUCAGGAAAUUAUUUGUGAUGGUUAUGAAACUUGACUUGACCAGGAAAGAAGCAGACACAUUAGGGUUAACCUCAAGAGCUGACAGAUUCAGAAACUCUAUCAUGGAUAUUAUUUUGGAUGAACUAACUUACAACAGCAGUUAUUUAUCCCCAUUUCUCUUGGCCUUUGUGGAACGGAAGUGGAAAUUGGAGAUUAUUUUGCAGUACUUUUCAAAAUAUUGUGGCAAGGGCGCAGUCCGUACUCGAAGGUCUGAUAAUUCACAAGAAGAUUUGAAACUGGAAAAUGUUCUGAAUUUCUUUGUGACAGCCACAAGUGCAAAAGCUAUUGUCAGAAAGAUGAGUGCAGAAAUUGCCCAGCUUCUUUUAACACAUGCUUACCAGGCGUGCCUUUCUGCUGAAGAUGCCAACAGCAAUUCUGCUGAUACACCCGAAAAAGUUGGAGCUACUCUCCAAGAGAUAUCUUCCAACUUCAUAGCUGCUUUUCAAAACAUCAGGAAAGUUAGCCCGGAUAUCCAGAUAUCACCGUUCGAGAAAGAAGCUCUGUUUACUGCUGCAACGUUGGUUAGGAAAUUGAAGAGCAAAGAAAGGUUUAAGCAAGAGGGAACUCCAGGACUUGCUGCAUGAUGGCGCGAAGCUCCUGUUGAAGGCUGCUAAUGCAAAGAUCAAUCCGCAGACGCCGAGCGAGGAUGGUGGGCACUGAGGUGUUGUCAUGUUGGAUGAUCUUUGAAUCUUUUGAGGGGCUGCUGAUGUCUUGUGUUUCCUGUUGCUGAAAUAAGUGAGAAGUGGCUGAGAACUUAGCUGUUAUGUGUGUGUUUCUGGUUUGUUUCAGUUUAUAAACAUUGAGUUGUUUGGUGGUGUGACCUGAAUCAGGUCAGUUUCUGGUGUUUUAUCCCUUCUAGAUCUUAGCCCUUGGUGCUUUGCUAGACGUGGAUAAGAACAAUUGUAUUUCUGUUAUGCAAGUAAUAGAAAUGGAGUGAUCUCCGUUC